AAAGAAAGGCCCCCCCCCCCUCCCUCCGCUGACCCUCACUGCUCCCCCUCCCCACAUUUUUUCCCCCUUUGGUGGUGGUUUGGACAUUUCAUAUUGAAUGAACUGGAAUUGCUUUCCGUGUGAGGAGGAUGGUUGCUGUUACUUUGUGAUGAGAUCGGGAAUGAAUUGCUCGGUUUAAAAAUGCUGCUUUGGAUUCUGUUGCUGGAGACGUCUCUUUGUUUUGCUGCUGGAAACGUUACAGGGGACGUUUGCAAAGAGAAGAUCUGUGCCUGCAACGAGAUAGAAGGGGAUUUGCACGUAGACUGUGAGAAAAAGGGAUUUACCAGCCUGCAACAUUUCACCGCCCCAACUUCCCAGUUUUACCAUUUAUUCCUGCAUGGAAAUUCCUUGACUCGACUUUUCCCUAAUGAGUUUGCUAACUUUUACAAUGCAGUCAGUUUGCACAUGGAAAACAAUGGUUUGCAUGAGAUUGUUCCUGGGGCUUUCCUGGGGCUGCAGCUGGUGAAACGCUUGCACAUAAACAACAACAAGAUCAAAUCGUUCAGGAAGCAGACUUUCCUGGGGCUGGACGAUCUGGAAUACCUCCAGGCAGAUUUUAAUCUAUUGCGGGAUAUUGACCCGGGAGCAUUUAGGGACUUAAACAAACUAGAGGUGCUGAUUUUAAAUGACAAUCUCAUCAGUACCUUGCCCCCCAACGUGUUUCAGUAUGUGCCGAUCACCCACCUCGACCUCCGGGGAAACCGUCUUAAAACCUUGCCUUACGAGGAGGUUCUGGAGCAGAUCCCAGGCAUCGCCGAAAUCCUGCUAGAGGAUAACCCCUGGGACUGUACUUGCGAUUUGCUGUCGUUGAAGGAAUGGCUGGAAAACAUACCCAAAAAUGCUUUGAUCGGCAGAGUGAUUUGUGAAGCUCCCACUAGGUUGCAGGGCAAAGAUUUAAAUGAGACCACAGAGCAAGAGCUGUGCAAAAAGAACAGAGUGGAUUCUAGUCUAGCUGCUCCCCCUGCCGAAGAAGAAACCUGUGAUCCUGGUCCCAUUCCAACCCCCUUUAAAAUACAUGGCAAAGAAGAUCCUGCUACACCAGGAUCCGGUCCAAACGGAGGUACAAAGAUUCCUGUCAACUGGCAAAUCAAAACUAGACCCACUGCUGCUGUGUCAACUGUUAGUGUGAAGAGCAAGCAACCGGCUACCUUGUCCUGCCCUCAGAUCUGCAGCUGUGAUCAGAUCCCUGGCUCAGGUUUAAAGGUUAAUUGCAAUGACAGGAAUGUAAGCAGCCUGGUGGAUUUGAAGCCUAAGCCAUCCAAUGUGCAGGAGCUGUUUCUGAGAGACAACAAAAUACACACUAUCAGGAAAUCCCACUUUCUGGAUUACCGGAAACUUAAUUUACUUGAUUUGGGCAACAACAACAUAGCCACCGUUGAGAACAACACCUUCAAGAACCUCUUUGAUCUCCGAUGGCUGUACAUGGAUAGCAACUACUUAGACACUCUAUCCCGGGAGAAAUUCACUGGGCUGCAAAACCUGGAGUAUCUGAAUGUGGAAUUUAAUGGGAUCCAGCUGAUCAUGCCUGGCACCUUCAAUGCAAUGCCCAAACUCAGAGUCCUCAUCCUCAACAACAACCUGUUGAGGUCUCUCCCAGUUGAUGUGUUUGCUGGGGUCUCGCUUUCCAAACUCAGCAUACACAACAAUUAUUUCAUGUACCUCCCAGUGGCAGGGGUGCUGGACCAGCUCACCUCCAUCACCCAGAUCGACCUGCACGGCAACCCGUGGGACUGUACUUGCCCUAUCGUGCCUUUCAAACAGUGGGCGGAAAUGCUGCGCCCCAAGGUGAUUAUGAGCGACCUGAGGUGUGAGUCUCCAGAAGAUUUCUUCAAGGAGGAUUUUGAGUCUCUCUCCAAUGAUGUGAUUUGCCCUCAGCUAAAAAUAUCACCUACCUUAAGUUCUACCAACAAAAACAGCACUGGGGUUGCAGAGACGGGUACUCACUCCAACUCCUACUUGGAGACCAGCCGGGUCUCCAUUUCGGUGCUAGUGCCAGGGCUGCUGCUGGUUUUUGUGACCUCUGCUUUCACAGUGGUUGGCAUGCUGGUGUUCAUCCUGAGGAACAGAAAACGGUCCAAGAGGAGGGACGCCAACUCCUCUGCAUCUGAGAUCAACUCCUUGCAGACGGUCUGCGACUCAUCCUACUGGCACAAUGGGCCCUACAGCACUGACGGGGCCCACAGGGUUUAUGACUGCGGUUCCCACUCCCUGUCAGACUGAGGAGGCGAGUGGGGCGGGGGUGGCUGCUGCCCAGGCCCAACCCUGCGCUCUCCUGGUGACGGGGAAGCAAAUGCCUGCAGGGACGGCUCUGCACCUCAGCUACCUUCUGUGAGAAACAAAAAACGCGCGCACUCCCUUGCGGCCCCCAGAGCAAGAGCCGUGCUCAGUAUGCGUGGCGGGAGCCCGGCAGAGGGGCGCGUCCCUCUACUGAGCGCUGCCGGGACGGCAAUGGACAAGCAAGGACCUGCUUUCUUCAGCUCCGGCGGGGAGAACCACGGCUCUUGGUUUUGCUGGGCCUUUGUUCUGUUGUGUUGGGGGUUGUUUUGCUUUUUUGCACUCUUCCUUUUUGAAUGGACCCCUCUCUUGAGAGGCCAGGAAGAGGAGGGGGAUGGAGGAAAGGCUGCUGUCAGCCUCCUCUUGACAAAGCAGGAGUAGAAAGUUGCACGAAGGCAUGAAUGUAAUGUAAAUAAAUGACUCUGACUCCGAAACAGACGAAAAAAAAAAAAUUAAAAAAAAAACAAUUGCUGCAUGGCUCGCAUGGAUACAACACACCCCAGGGACGCUCCAGCCCACGACUGGAAGCAGCGUCUAGUUCACACCAUCAUCCCUCUUACCUGAUAAGUCCCUUCGUAUCAAACCUUCUAUAUAAGAAAUACAGUAUAAUAAUAAAAGUGCCAUUUCGCCA